CUCAUAAAAAGAAGUACUAUUCUCGCUCCCUUCACACAAGUCUCAAUUUCACAAAUAACCUUUUACCUUUCAACCUCUUAAAACAAGACAAAAAGAUUUUAUAAUAGAAAAUGAAAGAGACGAAAGGAUGCUGCUUCUACGUUACAAUAGUAGUUUGCAUUGUUUUGAUCGUGGGCUUAGACAUCGUCGCUGGUUACGUCGGAUUACAAGCCGAUGUUGCCCAAGAAGAUGUGAAGCACCAUAGGGUGUGGAUGCUCGAGUGUAAAGCUCCAAGCAAAAGAGCUUUUGUGUUAGGGAUUAUAGCAAUGUCAUGUUUGGCAGCAGCUCAUGUCAUUGCCAAUGUGAUCGGAUGCUCUACCUCCAAUCGAUUACCAACACCCGGCGUCGGCGUCGGCGCCAUAACUAAUACGAUCGCUACACAGUUCUACACAAUAUGCCUUGUUCUCAACUGGGUCGUAGGAAUCGCUGGAGCGGUGUUACUUGCGAUGGGGAUAUGGUCGAACAGAGAGUCAAGAUCAAAAUGUGGAUUCACAAACAAAUAUUUUCUAUCUUUUGGAGCCAAAGUGUGUUUCGUUCAUGCCAUUUCCUCUGUCAUUUAUUACGUAUCGUCUGUCGUAGCUAAUUAAUGUUGAAGUUAAUUUGUGAAUUGGUCGUAUAUAUAUCAUAGACUUUCGCAAUUCCGUUUCUUUUGUAAAGAAAUCGAAAUCUCUUUCUUAUUUUAUAAUAAUUCGUGUAACAAAGA